AUGGUUAACGUCAAGAACACCGUCUUUGCCCUUUUCGUCGCUGCCGACUUGGCAGCUGCUCACAGUCUCAUCAUCAACGCCGUUGGCGAUGCUGGUGGCUCUGGCAUGGGUCUCGGUGUUGACACCUCGACUCCUCGUGAUGGUACCCGACGCCGCCCUUUCCAGACCGACGCUACUCGCUUCCGCGGCGACUCUGCUGACACUGUUGGCGAGACUCUCGCUGGUGGUGACAACAAUGUCGAGCAGGGUACUCUCGACAUCAUGGAGGAGACUGGCGAUCAGCUUCCUCAAGUCAACCCUGGUGGUAGCCUUGAGAUGACUAUCCAUCAAGUCAACUCUGAUGGCGCUGGCCCUUACACUUGCAUGAUCAACUCGGAUGGUACUGGUACCUCUUGGGAUAACAUCCCUGUCACUACCAAUGUUGAGGGCAACGACCGUGGCCGAAACCGUGAUGGCGAGAUGGGCGACUUUCCUCUCGUUGCAUCAAUUCCUGCUGGACAGACUUGCACUGGUACAGUUGCUGGUGAGGACAAUGUCUGUCUUGUGAGGUGUCAAAACCCCGCUCGUGCUGGUCCCUUUGGAGGUGUUGUCCCUGUUCAGAUGGCUCAGACAAAUGGCACUGGUGAUGCUACUGGUGACAACACCACUGGUAACAACAACACUGGUGACAACACCACUGGUAACAACAACACUGGUAACAACAACACUGGUAACAAUGCUGGCAACAACGCCGGUAACAACGCCGGCAACAACGCCGGCAACAACGCCGGCAACAACGCCGGUAACAACGCUGGAAACAACGCUGGCAACACUGGCAACACAGGCAACAAUGACAACAAUGACAACGUUGACGACGAAGACGCUGCUCAAGAUGAGGAUGAGACCGAGGCUGAUACUGGUAACAACCGCAACAACCGCCGCGCCACCCGUUUCUUCGCAUAA